AUGCUUGCGAAUGCAUGGAUGACUUUGGAAGCUUAUAAGAGUCAUGGGAAGGAGGUUAAAUUCCUCUCCCUAAAAACCACCCGCGGCACCUUCCUAACCAGCACCCCCCCUUACCAAGGUCCUUACAAAUUCACAACCUCCCUCCCAGACUUAAUCACCUCCUUAACCCCCCAUUUUCCCACCCUAACCACCCUCUCUCUAACUGACACCCUCCAAACCCCCCUCCCAAUCCCCACCUUAAUCUCCAUAAUCUCCACAAUCCUAACCACCUCACCAUCCCUAAAACACCUUUCCUUAACCCUCACAGUCCUCCGCUCUCAAGAAACAUUCACAGAAUCCCAAUCCCAUCUCCAAUCCCUAAUAUCACCCGCAGCCCAAACCCUAGCAUCCCUAGAAUCUCUAUCCUUAGACCUCCACCUCACCCCCUUCAACCCAUCAAACCUCCCCCGCUGGCAUCGUGCACCUCCAAGCCCUAUAACUCCGAUAUGGCUCCUAUCUUCCCUCCCCAUCAUAUUCCCUUCAAAGACUUUAUCCACCAUAAAAGCUUUAUCAUUCAUAGUAACGGGUCACACAAUACCCAUAAACCCUCAACAAACAGUCAUAACGGGGACGUCUUCAAAACUUAUAUUACCAUCAUUACAAUCCCUAAGAUUAUCGGUAACGGAGGGAUGUCCGCGGUUAUUCCCGCAGUAUAUCUCCCCAACAAGUUAUAAAUCAAUAUCUCACCUUGAGGUAUUGGAAACAUAUGAAUUAAAUAUCGAGACCCUCCUCCUCCCCCUCCUAGCCUCCUUCCCAACCCUAACCUCCCUAACCCUCAAAAAGAUAGACACCCGUCGAAAAUCCCUAAACUGGCGGUUUUUAGCAUACCUAAAAUCCACAAUCCUAGAACACUUAAAAACCCUCACAAUUUACACAUCAGCUACCGUAUCCAAGAUCUUACACGACCUGGGGACUGUGUUCGUGGCAAAUACCGUGUUAAAGAUAUUUAGAGAAAGGAUUCCGACUGCGGAAAGGACGAUGGAUGAUGGGAGUCCCUGGAGGGUUGUUGUUGAGUUUGCGUAUUAG